CCUUUUUCUUCUUCUUAACCACCCAUCUCGCUUCCUUCCCAAAUCCCAAACACAGAUAGACAACCAUGUCCAACACUAUUCCACCCCACGUGGUCGACGAUUGCCGAGGUGUCCUCCACGUCUACAGCGACGGUUCCAUCGUCCGCUCCUCCAAACCAAGCUUUGAAGUCCCCGUCAACGACGACGGCUCCGUUCUAUGGAAGGACGUCGUUUUCGACGCCGUUAACAACCUUCAGCUCCGGCUCUACAAGCCCGCGGAUUUCUCACCCUCUUCCGCCUCCAAGCUCCCUGUGUUUUACUACAUCCGCGGAGGCGGCUUUUGCAUUGGCUCCCGCGCCUGGCCCAACUGUCAGAACUACUGCUUCCGGCUGGCUUCGGAGCUGCGAGCCGUGGUCGUGUCUCCCGACUAUCGGAUGGCUCCGGAAAGCCGGCUCCCGGCUGCUAUCGAGGACGGCUUCAUGGCCAUGAAGUGGCUCCAGGCCCAAGCCGUGUCCGACGAGCCGGACUCGUGGCUGACUGAGGUGGCUGAUUUUGGUAACGUUUUCAUAUCGGGCGACUCGGCGGGUGGGAAUAUCGCUCACAAUUUGGCGGUUAGACUCGGAUCCGGGUCGCCCGAGUUGGCUCCGGUUCGGGUGAGGGGUUAUGUUUUACUGGCACCGUUUUUUGGUGGCACAGUAAGAACCAAGUGCGAGGCUGAAGGACCAAAGGAUGCCUUUCUGAAUUUGGAGCUCAUUGACAGGUUUACUGAGAGACAGAGCUGCAGAAUAUGCAAUGCGGCUUAAGAAUUGGGGAAAAAAGAUUAAGUACGUGGAGUUUGAAGGAAAACAGCACGGUUUCUUCACCAUUGAUCCUAAUUCGGAUGCAGCAAAUGUAUUGAUGCAAAUCAUUCAACAUUUCAUGGCUGAAAAUUCCAGCUAGGACUGCAUUCAUGGGCAUGUGUUCUUGAAAAGCUCUAAUGGCAAGUGGGUGUUAGGUUUUUGGUGGUUUUUACUUCCUUUUAAGUUGGUUGCUCCAUUUGUAUUGAAAUUUAUGAAAUAAAUAAAUAAGUGGGUUUUU